AUGUGUGUACGAUAGUACUCAUCGAACAUAAUUCGGCAUAAUUACAGCUUGGAAGGAAUAAGUUUUUGAAGUGGUUGAAAAUUAUAUUUGAUUGCUUAUCAUUCAAACACUGGCUUCAACGCAGUGUUUAAAGUUCACGUUCAUCCCUCUGCAUUGUAUUUUCCAGAACCACAAUUAUUUAUAGUUUGAGCUUGUUCUUGUGAAGUCACUCAGAAGACGCAUCAGUUAUUAAUCAAACAUGAAGGUUUUCUUUACGUUGUUGGCGAUUAUUGGCCUUGCACAAGGUUCAGUGAUUGCAAAGGAUACGCUUGCACAACUUUUGGGAAACAGCAUUGAUGCUGACUCCCUCCAACAAGCGAGGGCCGAUGCAUCUGCUUACUUUGACCAAGUUUUGGCGAAUCUUCGAGAGCAAAUGUUUCUAACGGGGAUGAACGCCAUUCCUCUGCCUGACCAAGUGCUAGAGUUUGAACAAGUUAUUGGAGGCAUCACUUUUCAUGGUCAAGCAGCUUUGUACAAUGGGACCCUCCUCCACUUGGACACAUUGCAUAGAACCGGUGUGGCUGACAUUAAAGUUGAAGAAAAUGGAGACCUCGUGAUCAGUGCUGAAGUCGGAGUAAACCAAGCGACGUUGCAUUACGAAAUGAUUGCCCAGUUCAUGGACUUGGGUCCUCAUGCAAUAGUCGAUGGAGGGUUGUCCAGGGUUCGACUGCUUAUGGCACUCCGGGUUGACUUUAGCAGUAUGGCAGUCCACAUGCAGACUUUCGACAUUAGGAGCACUGGAGUGUUGUCGGUCGAUAUCAAGGGAUUGGGGGCCAUUCUUAACUUUUUGGUGGAAAUUGUCGCCUCAUUCUUGGGGAAUUUGAUCAAAGGAAUUGUUGCUGCCAUGUUGGAAGGUCCCAUUAAAAACAUAAUUAAUAAAAUUCUUGCCGACCUUUUCUUUCCCCCGACUGUAUUCAACGCUAUCCGAGCUGUGCAGGCCGUAGUGGGAGCUUCCAUCAUGUAAUACUGUUAAUUACCGUAGAGUUGUAUUGAACCAUUUGUCAGUAACACAAAGUUGAAAUAUGAAAUAAAUUGCAUACCCUGAAUUGUAA